AUGCCGGUCAUCACCGAUCCCAUAUUGUUAGAAUCGGCUACGUCUUUGGCUAAAAAAAUACGCAAACGGGAACUGUCCAGCGUCCAGGUUACGAAAGCGUUUAUCAAACGUAUAAACGACGUAAAUCCUUUGUUGAACUGCAUGGUAGAUCAACGUUUUAAAGACGCUUUGUUAGAGGCGAAAGCUGCAGAUGAUUUGAUAAGAUCCCGUAAAUAUACUGAAGAGCAGCUAGCAGAGGAAAAGCCUUUUCUAGGUGUGGCCAUUUCCACAAAAGAUUGCAUACACGUGAGAGGUAUGCUAAACACAUCCGGUUUAUAUAGCAGGCGUAAUUAUCGCGCUCCUAAGGAUGCCGAUACAAUUGCUUUAAUGCGUAACGCAGGAGCUAUACCAUUCGCUUUGACCAAUGUGUCGGAGUUAUGCAUGUGGUGGGAAAGUAAUAAUCUCGUACAUGGCCGUACUAACAAUCCGUACGACACCAGUCGUAUAGCGGGUGGUUCAAGCGGUGGUGAGGGCUGCAUGCAGGCUGCUGCCGCUUCACCCCUCGGUCUAGGAUCAGAUAUAGGGGGUUCCAUACGUAUGCCUGCUUUUUUUAACGGCAUCUUUGGCCAUAAGCCCAGCAAAAACGUGGUUUCCAAUAAGGGGCAAUUCCCACAACCCUUUACCGAAGAACAAUAUUCAUUUUUAGGUAUAGGACCAAUGGUUCGUCAUGCUGAAGAUUUAAGACCGAUUUUAAAGAUUAUAGCUGGAGAAAAAGCCGAGCAAUUAAAUCUAGAUGAACCUGUUGAUUUGAGUAAAUUGAAAUACUUUUAUCAAGAGAACGAUGGCGGCGGACGUAAUGUAUCAAAAGUGGAUCGUGAUAUAGUUGACGGGAUUAAUCGCGUGGCAAACCAUUUGAGAAAAAAGUUUAAUAGUCCCGUUGAAAAAAUACAACUAAAGGAAUUUCGCCACUCGGCCGCGAUGUGGGCCGCUAGUAUGAAAAAUGAUUCCGGCUAUGGACACGUUCAUCUACUAGGCAAUCUAAAAAAUCCUAUUAACCCUUACAUAGAAAUGCUAAAAUUGUUGUUUGGAGGUGAACACACUUUUAUUGGUUUACUUAUCGCUAUAGUGGAGAAAACCCAAUGCCGGUAUGGUUCGCCAAAAUAUUGUGAAUUAGUCAGCAAACGUAACAAACUAAGAACAGAUGUAGCAAAUUUACUCAGCAAUGAUGGUGUCCUUAUUUAUCCCACCCAUCCGACCGUAGCUCCUUACCAUAUAGAACCCAUCUUUCGACCCUAUGAUUUCUCGUAUGCCGGAAUAGUUAAUAUUUUAGGCUUACCGGUCACUUCGGUGCCACUGGGCAAAUUGGGUAGUGAAGGACUGCCUAUUGGUGUACAAAUAAUUGCAAAUUGCAAUCAGGAUCGUCUGUGCUUGGCGGUGGCUGAGGAAUUGGAACGAGCUUUUGGCGGUUGGGUGCGACCAGAAAUCAGCGAUUAAUAGAAGAACUGCAAUACAAGAUCUCCUUUUAUUCGCCAACUAAUUAAUUGUUAAACCGUUCAUAUAUAAAUUACACGUUCUAAAAGAAUUAUCUCUCAAUUGAUUUCUCAUCGAAAUGAUUAAUGCAUGGCUUACUUUACCGAACUCAUCACUCAAUAAUUAAUUUAUUUCAAUAAGUUCAAGUAUAGUGUUAUGUGUAAGUAGGCUGUCCAAUCCAGAAUUUUUGCUUCCCAACGAACAACAAAUAAGACCUUUUUUUUUUUAUUUAUUAAUGUGCUUUGUAUUUUUCACCGGACGGCUAUUAUUCUUAUCCUCAAUUUUAUUCGUUUUCAAAUUGAUAUUUUAUGCAUAGUAUAAAAAUAUACUGGAAUGGAAAUUGCAUUUUAAAUAUGCCUUCUAGCAGCUGAAUUUAUUUCCCAUUUUUAUAACCGUUACUGUAAGAUGGGGGGUAUAUUCCUUUUGUUCAGCGUGAUAUUCAAAUUUGAUCCAUCCGUUUAUGUGUCUGUUUGGUGGGUG